AUGCUGUUCGUCUUGGCUCUGGUGGCUGGUGCCGCUGCACUCAAUGUUCUUCAUUUGGCGGAUUUUCACUUAGACGUUGACUAUUCUGUAACGGGAGACAACCAGCACAUGUGUCAUGACACCGGCAAUGUCACCAAGAGCCGCCUGGGGCCUUUUGGAGAUUACAUCCCAUCUGUCGUACAUGCUUUGGAUGAGGCGAAACGACUAAUCCCCAAUCCGGACCUGAUUAUUUGGACUGGCGACAAUGUUCCCCAUGUGGAUGGGUACGAUUGGAAGUGUAAGUACUUUUGA